AUGCUGGAGUGGCAUAACGACUAUAGAAAACAACGUGCAACGUCACCUCUCUUCUAUAAUUACAACUUACAGGCAUGGGCGCAGCAGUGGACGGAAAGGCUUGCCCUAACUGAUGUUACUGAACAUCGACCACCACAACCGGACCCUUACAAGAAAAUGGGCGAAAAUAUCUACUGUAUGACUCUGACUAAGCCCGAUUUUGUUCCUUCAGAAAGACGAGUUACUACGCUCUGGUUCAACGAAAUACAUCAAUAUAAUUAUAACAACCCGCGGUACAACUCAAAGACAUCCCAUUUCACACAGAUGGUGUGGAAAGCAACCAUAUAUGUUGGAUGUGGUUAUGCCCGCUCAUAUUAUUCAAAGACGACAUACGUUCUCUGCAACUACUGGCCUUAA